GGCCAGGGCGCGGGUGCCGGUGGCGCGGGGGCUGUGCCUGUGCACGGUGCGCGCAGGGGGUCGCCAGCAGGACACCUCGGAGGUUUGCCCUGCCCUUUGGGGCCGAGAAUUCGGACUUGGGCAGAGAGGAGAAAGCAGUGUCACGGUUGCAGGGAUUCGGAUGCUCGGGCUCCCCUCGUUUCCAGCUCUGACCCUCCACAGCGUGCCAUCCCGGCAGCUGCUGAAAGGGGGCGGAGGAAAGCGCAAAGGGAAAAGCAAGAAGUGGAAGGAAAUCCUGAAGUUCCCGCACCUCAGCCAGUGUGAAGAUCUCCGAAGGACCGUAGACAGAGAUUACUGCAGCUUAUGCGACAAGCAACCGAUUGGGAGGCUGCUUUUCCGGCAGUUCUGCGAGACCAGACCUGGGCUGGAGUGCUGCAUUCAGUUCCUUGACUCGGUGGCAGAAUAUGAAGUUACUCCAGAUGAAAAACUGGGAGAGAAAGGGAAGGAAAUUAUGACCAAGUACCUCACCCCGAAGUCCCCAGUGUUCGUCAGCCAGGUCGGCCAAGACCUGGUCUCCCAGACGGAAGAGAAGCUCCUUCAGAGGCCCUGCAAAGAGCUCUUUUCUGCUUGUACGCAAUCCGUCCAUGCCUACCUGCGGGGAGAACCAUUCCAAGAAUACCUGGACAGCAUGUAUUUCGACCGCUUCCUACAGUGGAAAUGGUUAGAAAGGCAACCAGUGACCAAAAACACUUUUAGGCAGUAUCGAGUGCUAGGAAAAGGUGGCUUCGGUGAGGUCUGUGCCUGCCAGGUUCGGGCCACAGGUAAAAUGUACGCCUGCAAGCGCUUGGAGAAGAAGAGGAUCAAAAAGAGGAAAGGGGAGUCCAUGGCACUCAAUGAGAAGCAGAUCCUAGAGAAGGUCAACAGUCAGUUUGUGGUCAACCUGGCCUACGCCUACGAGACCAAGGAUGCGCUGUGCUUGGUUCUGACCAUCAUGAAUGGGGGCGACCUGAAGUUUCACAUCUACAAUAUGGGCAACCCUGGCUUUGAGGAGGAGCGGGCCUUGUUUUACGCGGCAGAGAUCCUGUGCGGCUUGGAAGACCUCCACCGGGAGAACACCGUCUACAGAGAUCUGAAGCCUGAAAACAUCCUGUUAGAUGAUUACGGCCACAUUCGAAUCUCGGACCUGGGCCUGGCCGUGAAGAUCCCGGAGGGAGACCUGAUCCGUGGCCGGGUGGGCACCGUCGGCUACAUGGCUCCAGAGGUCCUGAACAACCAGAGGUACGGCCUGAGCCCUGACUACUGGGGCCUGGGCUGCCUCAUCUACGAGAUGAUUGAGGGCCAGUCACCCUUCCGUGGCCGCAAGGAGAAGGUGAAGCGGGAGGAGGUGGACCGCCGAGUCCUGGAGACCGAGGAAGCCUAUUCCCACAAGUUCUCCGAGGAGGCCAAGUCCAUCUGCAAGAUGCUGCUCACCAAAGAUGCAAAGCAGAGGCUGGGCUGCCAGGAGGAGGGGGCCGCAGAAGUCAAGAGACACCCCUUCUUCAGGAACAUGAAUUUCAAGCGCUUAGAAGCUGGCAUGUUGGACCCUCCCUUCGUUCCAGAUCCUCGUGCCGUGUACUGUAAGGACGUGCUGGACAUUGAGCAGUUCUCUACUGUGAAGGGCGUCAACCUGGACCACACAGACGAUGACUUCUAUUCCAAGUUCUCCACGGGCUCCGUGUCCAUCCCGUGGCAAAAUGAGAUGAUAGAAACCGAAUGCUUCAAGGAGUUGAAUGUGUUUGAACCUAACGGUACCCUCUUGCCGGACGUGAACAGAAGCCACCCUCCAGAACCCCAUCCUCCAAAACCGCCAAAGAAGGGGUUGCUCCAGAGAAUCUUCAAACGGCAGCAUCAGAACAGCUCCAAGAGCACACCCAACUCCAAGACCAGUUUUAACCACCACAUCAAUUCCAACCACGUCGGUUCAAACUCCACAGGAAGCAGCUAGUUUCAACUGUUCACAGUGGAACCAGCCAAAGCCCUCACACUCAGACGAGGAACUGGGGACCAGUGGCGCAUACGCUCUGGCCGGGCAGUUGGGGAGCCCUGCCAGAAGCUGAGGAAGGAGGCAGCCGCCCCCUCGAGGUAGAGCCUUGAGGUUUCUCAAAGAAAUUUCCACUCAGGUCUGUUUUCAGAGGUGGCCCUCAAGCCGGUGUGGAUUGGAUUUGUCUUUGUCAAACAUUGCAAUAGAAAUCCAGUUGGCUAUGACAACUUGCACAUAUUUUAAGUGUCAUAACUAGAACUGAAUUUUGUCUUUAUUAUUUUUAAAGGAAAGUUUUGUAAAUUUCUCUAUUGUCUCAGUUUACAUUUUGUAUAUUUGUAUUUAAAUGAAAGUCAGACUUGGAGGGUGUAUAUUUUCUGUGCAGCCACAGUUAAGCCAUGUGUUUUAAGGCAUUUUAGGGGUGGGGAGGGAUUUACAAAAAAAAAAAAAAAACACAUCUUGACUUCCAGAGCCUCAAACGAGAAAAAGUUUUUAUUAAAUUUAGAAAUGAUUCCCAUUUGACCUUUCAAGGAUUGGUUGUAUUUACCUACAUCCAUCUCUGUAACCUUUCUCCUCACAUUGAUGCUGCCAUUUUGUUGGUUUGUAAGAUCCUGAAUCAAAUGCUCAAAGACACACCUGGGGCUUCACUCGCAGCCAGAACACCCUCUGUUGGGCCCGUGGGUGGCCUGGGGUUGGCUCUGUUGAGAUGCGUACUUUCUCUUGAGUGGCCCGCCAGGCCCUUGUUGCUUUGGCCUUGGCCGCCUCUUCCUUCUGGAAGGUGGCCGUUGCACAGAGCUGGGUGCCUUCAGCCCAGUGGUCUCUGGGCCUUUAUCCUUCUGAGCAGGUCCGGACUGCUAAAGCCAGUAUUUUUUAAGAGGCUUGCAUUUGGGGAUUUUGUUUUAUUUUUAAAUAAUAAGUGAUAAUAAGGAUUAGUCACGGAAACCCAAGUGUCCCAAACCCCUACAGCCCAUGGAAGCAUCAGGAAGCAAGAGUCAGUGGGGUCAUCCUGAGUGACCACCUUUGUAUCCAUCCCACUGGAACUUGCCACAGCCAAUGGUGCUACAGAGGAGAAGCAGGGAGGCUUGUCUAGGCUCCAGCAAGCUCCUUAGGUGUUCACAGGGUCUCGAGAGUUUCACAGAGCCCCACAGAUGAGCUGGCAUGGAUGGGGCUGGCUCUCCAGGCAAAUGGGAUGCCCAAGGAGAGGUGCAGCCAUGAAAGGAGUUCAAGACAAACUCACUGUCACUUCUGGGGAGAGGUGGGCAGAGCUUAAUGGGGUACCUCAGAGUUUCAGAAGUCCCCAGGAUGUGUUGCCAGGCCAGGGGCCUCUGAAGACAGUCCCCAGGCCCUUUGACCAUGGCCGUCCCAUCCCAGGGACCUGCUGGCCUUCGUCUGCUGCCUCCAGAGGUGGCAAGGAGCAAAUCCACCCUCACCUCCCAUCCAGGACAGGGCAAGCAGUUGCCCUCUCUGCUCCCCUGGCCUACUGAGCCCCUGGUGUCUGAUUCUGCCUCACACCUGAUGUCAGCCACCAGCUGCUAUCAGAGUUUCUCACAGCGUGGGCCCUGUACUACCUGCAUCAGAACCUCCUGUUGAAAUGAAGAUUCCCGGGCUGUACCCCCAGCCUACUGAAUGGGCAUCUCCAGGAGUGAGGCCCAGGAAUCUUCAUAUUUUAAAAGCGCCCCAGGUCAUUCUGAGGUACUCAAGAGUGUGAGAACUACUGCCUUAGGCCAGCAGUGGGGCCUCGGUGGUGUCCAUCCUAAACGUGUCUCUGGGUCACCCAGGCCACUUUGGAGCGUGAGCUUUUAGGGAGGAGAGAGUAGCGGGCAUGUCAGCCUCCUGGUCCAGUCUCCAUGCGCGUUCCCCAAACUUGGCCAGUGGGCCUCUGGGGCAUGCUGCUAGAGAGGGGCCUGAAUGUUGGGACUGAUAAUUUCGAGGUAAUUUUCCAAACAAAUCUAAGAGAAGUCAUAGUUGGGCUUCCCUCAGACCCCUUUAAUCUGCAGUAUUAUUUUCUUGAAGACCAGCCGUCAGUCUCAGGAGCUGCUCCAGCAACGUUUCUUGGGCUGAAUACAAGAAACAUACAAACAGCCAUAUACAGUUUGGCCAAGGAUGUGGAAAUCUCCGUGGGCAGUGUUUUAAGACCAUCAAGCUCUUGCUGACCCUCCUGUCAUGAUGAAAAGGAUGGUCAUCCCCUAGGACUGUCAGCAGCUUAAGCCGCCAACCACCCUCCCACCCUGAAGGUUUGUCCUUUUGGCCCAAUUCACAGCCCCACAACCCUUACAAAAUGGUUGGUGUUGAAAGCAGUCUCUUUUGAUGCCUCAGAGCCAAUGCACUGUCCAUUUCCAAUAGAGAGUCCCCAAGGAGCAGGAAAGAAAACCCGUCUGGUGACUGCAUUUCUAAGUCACGAGGGCUCAGACAAUAUUAAAGCACAGGACUCCACGUCAACUCGUGUUAAUAACUUGAGUCUUCCUUUCUGUUCACCACCCACAGGAGAUGGGGCCAGAGUCACUUGGCCUUUUAAAUCCUCCUGUUCCUUUUGGCCUAUUGCUUUGUAACAAGACAUGGGACAUCCUUAUUUAGAGCAGUGCCUAAAAAUCAGCCCUUUACUCCCUCUGAGUCCCUAAGCCAUCACAGGCCUGUCCCUGUCUCUUUCCCCACCCUGCUCUUAUUCCAACUUUGUUUUCUAUAGCUGCUUUUUAAAAAUGAUAUUUGUAAAUCAAAAAACAAAACUUUCCCACCCAUCUACCUUUCUGGGAUAAGACAUGUUUGGGCAAUGAAUGGAUUUAAAUCUUUUUUUUUUUUUUAAUGCAUUGGAGCUCUUCCCUGAAGGGCCUGUCUUCUCCACAUGCAACCUUCUCCUCACCAGACAUUAGCUGAAUUAGUGCCUUUGAGGUGAGAUGCAGGGUCUUGCAGAAGCAUCUCUGCUUCCACUUUCAGGAGACAAGCCGCUGUCCUGUGUGGGACAGAGGUGGUCUCUGCUUCUAUCACCGUGACCUAUGAAUAUUUCUUGAGCCCCCUCGGGGGACUAAGAAUUGCCCAUAAUGUCGAGAAGACCCAGCCCCUGCCUUCAUGGAGGAUGACAUCCACAUCAGACAUGAACUCAUUCUCUAAUCAUUCUUGGCUGGGACUUCACUCCUGAAACCAUGAGGCUUCCAGGGCUGCUCACUUGCACAGUAGCUAUGUGUCGCUAUAUAUCUUGAGCAGCCACAGAUGGGUCUGUCUGCUUUCUGAAAUGCAUUGCUCUUAGCAAAUGGGAACAUCAGCCUUGGAAGGGCAGCAGCAGGAGAGGCUAGGCUGCAUGGAAGAAAGCAGUUGUGGUCCUGGGCGUGUGUGCACUUGGCAGGCAGUCUGCUGGGAUGACGUUGGCGGUGCAUUCUGGGGACAAACGUGGAUGCCAUCUUUGCUUUAAAGGCACAGCUGAGAUGCCUCUCCAUGAGCCUACGCCAGCCCCUGCUGACCCUAAGGGCCAGCCCUCCAGAGAAGCCAGGAGGUCCACGCCUUGUUGGAGAGAUCUCCAAAAAGCCCAGCCCUGGCAUUAAACUCUUUUUUUCUUCCACACCCUUGUCCUUCCCUGAAAGGCUGGGUCAUCGGUUCUGGUUUCCCAGUGCCUUUCUCAAGUGAGCUGCUGUCCCAGAUCAUGUACUGACUCUCCUAUAGAGGGGGCAGGCCUCGGGGAGCCUCUUGGAAGCCCCAUGGCCUUGAUCAGUCUAAUAUCCCAGAUCUUACCAAAGCAGCACGACGUCCUGGACAACCGGAAGUCUCCCAACCGGAAGAGGAACGCCGUCUGGGUGACAUUCAGCUUUCCUCUUGGGCUAUUUAUGUGCCUGAGUAUGCAGAUGAACACUUGUACCCUUCCAAGGGCAACCUCUCUGGGUCAGCUUCUGUUUUCAUAACCCCACACUCUGAGAUACGACCUUCUUUGUUGUGGAAAAAGAGUUAAGUGUGAAAUCUUUGUGCUUUUCAAAGCGACAUACUGAGGGCUGGCUUCCUUCAGAUCACAACAGACCACCAGGAUGAAGCCUCGCCCCCCAGGCUCCUUCUGCACUGCUCUACCAACCAACCACCCAGCUUUUGAAGUCCAGAUGGGCGCAGGUCAGACACCUGCACAGGUGUGGGGAGUCUUACCUGGUCUGACUUCAAAGGCUAAUGCUGGGGACAGUGUUUUAAAGCAUUUGAAAAGCUAGCUUUCCCUAGGAGGGAAAGACAUUUCCCCAAAAGAAGAAUCUAGGUAUCUUUCCCAAAUCCAUUGAUAAGCCGUUUUGUAACAGAUUCAAAACAAACAUUCUCAAUUAGGAGAGCUUAGUGGCUGCUGGUAUUGUUAAAAUAAUAAUCAUCUUAGUAUCCAAAGGUUUCUAUUUUUUUUUCAGGGAGAUUUUAACAUUGAUGAUGAAAAUAGGUCCAUUUUGGAGGUCAUUCCUGAAGAUAAGGCUUUCGUUCUCCUGCUGCUCUGAAUCCAUGUAUGUCCUGUCUAAUAUGUCACAGUGCUGCUGUAUCUAGAUUGAACCACUGUUGUUGUUGUUUUUUAAGAGAAAUAAAUUCCUUACUGAAAAUAA